UUCGUUCGAUCCGUGCGCGGACAAUCCGGAUUAAAUUGUGCUUCGCCGGAAGCAGUUUCAACUCAAGUCGUUCCAUUCGUCGGAAGUGUACCACAUCUCGGAACCGCGCAUUAAUUUCCCGAAAAAACUCCAAAUAAGGCAAAAUCGCGUAAAUUUUCGGGCGUGUUUCGAUUUUUUCAAGGAUUUUUCCGAGUGUUGCGUGCGUGUGCGUCCUGAUAGAUCCGGGUUUUCGGGAAGCGCCCCCACCCUCAGCUCCAGCAUGGCCACGGCAGGUUCCAACUGGCGGGACGUUAUCGCGACGCGGCUUCGCGAGCGCAACCAGGAGGAGACGGCCCGGUUCGCGGACAUAAUCGCCUUCAACAACCGCCUGUUCGACACGGCCACCAAGCUGCGCCAGGAAAACCUGGAGCUCAAAAUCGACAAAAAGAUCCGCGACAGCUCGGCGGGCCUGGUCGGUGGCGGUGCCGGUUCCGAUCACCUUCAGCUGACCGCCAUCACGAACGCGCAGAUCCAAUCGCUGGAGAAAAAGUGUCUCGCCCAGCAGGAGGAGCUGACCGAGCUGCACAAACGCAAGGGCGAACACUCGCAGAUGAUCAUCACGUUGAACCAGAAGCUGACCGAGUGCCAGCGGGCGCUGGGCGAGAAGGAACGCGCCCUGGUGGAGCAGUGCUCGAUGAAUGUGUCGCUGCGGGAGGAGCUGGACAAGCUGAGGGCGGCGCACACGACCGUGCUGGACGAGCAACCGUUCCUGCAGCUGCGGGCAAAUGCCGCCGAGGAGAAGCUUCGGGCGGUUCAGGACGAGAACAAUAAGCUGCUGGGGCUGUUGAUGGAGUACAAGUCGCGGGACGCCGAAGUGAUGAACCGGGAGAAUGACAAGUUUCUGAAGCUGAAGAAGGCACAGAUUGAGAGUGAACUCGCGGGUGCGAUUCGGGACAUUGCCGGGCCGUCCGGGCUCGGUGGGGGCGGUGGGGCGAUGGAUCGGUUCGAUUUCGGGUCGGAUGGGUUUCCGGAGGGGAUCGAGUUUAAGUUUGACGUGCACGAUGGUGAGGUGAACGCGGUUCGUUGGAGCCCUGUGGAGGGAGUGGUGGCCACGGGUGGGGCCGACCGGAAGGUUAAGCUGUGGGAUGUUAGUAAAGGAAAAUGGGAACCGCGCGGGUCGCUGGUCGGCAGCAACCAGGGCAUCAACUCGGUCGAGUUCGACAGCACCGGGUCGCACAUUCUGGCCGCUUCCAACGACUUUGCGAGCCGCGUCUGGAGCGUGGCGGAUCAACGGCUGCGGCACACCCUGACCGGCCACAGCGGAAAGGUCAUGGCGGCCAAAUUCCUCGGAUCGGCCUUUCUAGUCACCGGAAGUCACGACCGGACGCUCAAAGUUUGGGACCUCAAGAAUCGUUCAUGCACAGAAACCAAGUUCGCCGGCUCGAGCUGCAACGACCUCGUCACGACGGACAGCUCGUCCAUCAUCAGCGGGCACUUUGACAAGAAGAUCCGCUUCUGGGACACCCGGACGGCGGACUGCACCGGCAACGACAUCCCGAUGCAGGGCAAGAUCACCUCGCUCGAUCUGUCCAAGGACAGCAAGUUUCUGCUGUGCUGCGUGCGGGACGACACCAUCAACCUGCUCGAUCUGCGCCAGAACAAAAUCGUGCGGACGUUCCGGAGUGACAACUUCAAGGUCGGCUGCGACUGGUCCCGGGUAGCGUUCAGCCCAACCUGCCAACGGUUUGCCGCGGGGUCCGCGGACGGGUCCGUGUUCGUGUGGAACAUCAACGGGCCGCUGGAAUCGGUGCUGAAGGAUACCAAGUCGACUGACUCCCAUUGGUUUAUUCGCAGCGGGAAUGGCGCCGCGGUGACCGCCGUCAGCUGGCACCCGUUCAGCUCCGUCCUGGCGUCCGUGGACCGGGCCAAAAAGUGCACAAUCUGGGCCAACGCUUAGCGAUCUCCGGGUCGUCGUCGCCGCCGCCGCUGCCGUGUGUUGUUCCGGAGUCGUUCCGCCGUACUGAUGACGUUCGCCGUGACGUUCGUGAGGCAGCUCUUUUUUUUUGUACCAUAUUUAGAAAUCGUCCAGGACUCGUUUCUGGGAAGCACUGAGUGUAGUCGUAAUAUGAUGUGAUGCUGUGUAUAUUGCGUACGAUCCAUUUGUUUGGAAAACAAAGUUUAUGUUCACCGUUUCGUCCAAUUGUGUCCAUUAAAACCAUGAUGUUACUUUUUUCUACGAAUAGAGUUUUUGCGGUUUACCCUCCCCUUUCGCGAGAACCGCCACAACUAGUUAAGCCUGUACGUUUUUUGUGCUACUCGCCCGUUUGUAUCCAGCGGUACCAAGAUCAAAGAAUAUAUAUUUCUUAAAGCUCGACUGUCAGACAUACUCUCCACAAGA